AUGAUUGAGAUCGCUGACGAUGUUGUCAAGGAAGUUGAGCGGAUUCCUCUGAGUUUUUCGAUCAGCAGGAUUCUUAGCAACACAGACGAACAGGAAUCACGUGGGUCAUCAGAGGACGUGACUGAGUCCGUUCACAGACUUCCCAAGCAACACGGCGCGAAGAUUCAAUACUAUACCCCACUCACCGAAACUGGGGCGGACUGUCAUUUUGUCGAUACCUAUCGUCCCAGUCCGUACACCGUGCCUACGCGUAGUUAUGUGGGACUCCAGAUUGACAGCGCUCAACAGGACCCGGUUCAAACAUCUGCAUUCUAUGCGGUUCCAAACUAUCGUAACGUCGACGGCAACGACGAGUAUGAUUCUAACAGAAGUACUCCGGAGACGGAAAGCAAUUUUUGCACCAAGGGUCAUAGCGAUAAAAGUUUGGAUUCUCUCGGCGAGAGCUACCAUCAGUCCCCGAGUCCGUUCAAGUCUAAAAAGAAGAAGAAGUUAAGAACGGUGUUCUCCAGAAGUCAAAUAUACCAACUCGAGGCUGCUUUCGACAUGAAGCGAUAUCUAACCAAUGCGGAGAGAGCCGGACUUGCAGUCAGCCUGAAAUUAUCAGAAACCCAGAUAAAAAUCUGGUUCCAGAACAGAAGAAAUAAAUGGAAGCGACAGAUUAACGGAGAGAUGGACGAGAUUCCUAUCCACUCUGCUUUCGCUUCCAGAUUCCUGCAGAAUGGUUUAUAUCACAUGAAUGGUGCGCGCGCAGAUCUCGUCUACACUGGACCAUCACUUCCGGCGCAUGUCAGUACGCCUCCUUACAAACGAGAGAGUCUUCUGUUUCCCUACCAAACAUAA